AGAUGUGAAUGUUAACGUGUAUUUAAGCUUAAUACAAUACAAUAGCAUGUAUUAUCUUUUGUCUCUCAAAAUAAAGUUGCAAUUAAGUUUCACACCACCAUUCCUUAAUAAUAAUAAUAAUUCCCUAAUGAUAAUUGAAGACCUCAAAAUAAUAAACUAACCAAAAUAUUCAGUUACUGCGCGUCUGUAUUAUGGCGUCCUCCUGUGAAGACUCGGACGACGAUUUUGUUGUAUUGGGUACCCCAGUACCUGAAAUUCAGGAAGGGGUACCUUUGAAGAAGCCGACCAACGUUCAAGAUUUAACAGCAAGGGAUAAACAUGGCCGGAGACGAUUUCACGGUGCCUUUACUGGUGGUUUUUCUGCUGGCUUUUUCAACACUGUUGGAACGAAAGAAGGAUUCAUGCCAUCGGAAUUUGUGUCUUCAAGAGACAAGAAAAAUGAUGGGAGACAGGAAUUUAGACCAGAGGACUUUAUGGAUGAUGAGGAUUUUGAAGAACAUGGUAUUGCUCCCAGGAAGUUUGCAACAGUAUCCAGUUAUACGUCAGAGGAGAGAAAAAGAAAAUUACUUGAUGAUGCUCAACAGAUAACUGCAAAAUCUUCCAUAGAUUUAGGCUCGUCCAUUAUGGAUCUCGUCAUUCCAGACAGGGUGCCGAUUGGUAUCAAACUACUCCGCAAGAUGGGAUGGAGGGAAGGCCAAGGGUUAGGGCCUCGAAUAAAGAAGAAAAAGAAGAAAGGAAAGAAAGCAGCUUCAGCAAAAGGAGUGAAAAUGUACGGUUGUGCCCCUCCCCCAUCUGAUGAGGCUGAUUCUGACUCUGAUCGGUAUGUGCCGGAAGAUAUGUCUGAAGUAUCGUUUGCCCCCCAAGACGUCUGCCCCAUUUCUCUGGAGGCCAAAGACAACGUUCAUGGUCUGGGAUACCGUGGCCUUGACCCUAGUCUUGCCCUAUCAGGGUCACACAUCAACUUGUUUGACACUGGAGGACCUGCCAAGUCUCGUUCAAGAGGCAAAGGUAUAAAAGGACAGGCGUUCGGUGUUGGUGUGUUUGAGGAUGAGGACGAAGACAUCUAUGCUCAAGAGGACAUGUCUCAGUACAACAACACCAUGGAUGGCGGGAAAUCGAAAGACAGCAAUUUUGGCUGGACAGCUCCCAGGGAGCAUGGUAAAGUGAAUGUUCCUGUCAGCUAUGUCGGCAAACUGUUAGAAGGAUUCUGCUUGUCAUCGAAGCCGCUCAAACCCGGAAGGAAAUUUCCUCCUCCGACCUUGCCUCGCCACUUCAAACCGCAGCACUGGUUCAGGAAAAAGAGAAUCACUAGUCAUCUCCCUGAGGACAUUGGUGUGGAUGGCUCUGAAUCUGGGUCAAGGUCAUCUGGGUUGACAGCAGUUGACCGAGGUUUGAUACUGGGAGAGACACCUGUCAUGAGCUCGGUGUUUGACCUUAUACCAGCGCAUGACAAGCAGAGAAUAGAGGCCACCAAAGAAGCUAUCAGCAUGACCCAGUCCUUGACAGGAUCAGAGGCCGGUCCAUCCAAGUCAGCAACGCAGCAAGCUGGACCCACUGAGAGUGGAGCCUUUUCACAACUGUCAGAGAUGAGGGAAACGACUGAGUCGACUCAAGCAAAACCUGGCUCUUUCCUGUCAAAGUUCAAGCCUGCUGAGGUGACACCUGCUGACAACGGUAGUACUUCUACUUCGGGGGCAGCGCCCAAGGCCCCACUAUUUCAAGGAGGUUUGAACUUUCAACCCUUCAGAAAAGACCCUGUUAAACAAGAGAGAUAUGACAGAUAUCUGACUCUGGUGAAGCAAGGAGUUCAAGAUCCUUAUUCGUCUGUAGUGAGUUCUAGCAUGACUGAGUGGGACAGAUCGAGAGAGAGAGAUGAAUUUGCGAAAGCUGCCAAGAUUUUCCGUCCAUUGUCAGCAAUGAUGUCCUCUAGGUUUGUGCGAGGGGCAAUGAUUGACGACGACACAGCAGAGAAGCCCAUGGAAGCAGAGAGUGAGAAAAGUGACCAGGGCAAGGCAGCGGACAUGAAGAUGUUUGGCAAGUUGACCAGAGAGGAGGUGGAGUGGCACCCGGAUAAACUUCUCUGCAGAAGAUUCAAUGUCCCAAAUCCGUAUCCAGGGUCCGAUAUUGUGGGCCUAAACACGGUGAAGAGGGACAAGUAUUCAGUAUUCAACUUUCUCUCCUUUGGAGACUAUCAGCCCAGUGAGACUCAGGAGCCACCGAGUGCUGAAACGAAGAGGAAGAAUGAGACUACAGAAACUACAGAGCCAGAGACUGGUUUUCACAAACGGAAGAAACCAACUUUAGCCUCUGUCUUCAAAGUUCUUGAUGAUCCAGAUUUUCACAAACCCUUUGCUCCCAAGCCAGAAACUGAAACUGCUGACGGGGGAACCACUGAAACGUUGGAAGCUCCUGGAAAUGAUGAAGGAAAUGAAAAGCCGGACGAAGACUCAGCUCCCGAUAUGGACUUGUUUCGAGCCAUUUUCAAAAACUCUGAUUCUGAGACCUCUGAUGAUAGUGAUGAUGACAAGGGUAGCAAUGACCUAGGAGAUGAGAAAGAGGAGAGUGAUGCCGAAGAUGUGAAAGAUGUGACGUUAGUGGCCAGCCCGGAGGAACAGAGAACAGGAUCUCCAUCGCAUACUCCACCGUCCAAGGAAGCAAUAAAGGAUGAGUUGUCGCCCGAGACAACGCCGGUCAACCAAGAGUUGACUCCAAUACACAGGCAGUCUGAAUCUACCGCCCGCCUUGAGAACCCAUUCAGCAGUGUCCAGCGCGACCCGGGGGUCAAGUCGCGACGAGGAAGGUCACGCUGGGAAGGCAAGUCUGUGUUCAGCGUUCUUGAUGACCUGGACGUGGAAAGUAAAGAUACAACGCCCAAUGGUGACAGCGUGGCUUCGAGACUCUCACCCUCACAAACAGAAACGGUGACAGUUGAUGAGAACACUGAUGAGUAUGGCCCUAGAUUGCCACCAGGGCUCAGCUCCACCCCAGCUCCCAGCAUUUCUGCUUCUAUCCAGCCAGUGGUGCGGGAGGGAGAACCAAGGCGACUGUAUAGCAGGGAGGCGGAUCGCAAGCGGCACAAACACAAGAAGGAAAAGAAAAAAAAGUCAAAACACAAAAAAGACAAGAAGGGCAAGAAACACAAGAAGAAAUCUUCUCGGUCGGGCAAGUCCAAACAGGAGAGCUCUGGCAGUGAGGCUGACAGCGAGUCCAGUGAUGGCUCAGAGGUCUCCGACAAUGAACUUAUAGAAAGGUUCAAGACUGUGUCCAAGAAGAGUGGGCUGACCUCCAAUAUUUUGGCCAAGAAACUGUGAUGAUUGAACUUCUCUUAUUAUUUUGGUUCUCAAAUUUUUGUACAGCUAUUAAAACCCUUGUAUGUCAAAUCAGACAUGAUAAAAAAU